ACAAAAUGGAUCCCGAGCAAGCAUUCCUCACUCAAAGGAACCUGGUGGCGGAUACCAUGAAGUAUCUAGACGACAUGGCCAAUGCCAAUAAACAGGCAGAACGCGGUAAAGAUACCAAGGACCAGGAGGUGGACAUUUCCGAUGGAGUGACGGACGACAACUAUUUGGUGUCGGCCCGCGCCCAGCGCCCCCAAAGAUCCCAACAGCGUUCCACUAAAAAGAUACACAAGACCUCGAAUCUCAAUCAGAUGUCCUUUAUGCGGCAGAUUGAUGUGACGCGCGAGGAGCGGCUGGUGGCGCGUGAGGAACGACAUUUGGUGGCUGAGAAUUUUCGCAGAAUGGGCAACGACGAGUACCGCAAGUGCAACUUCGACAAGGCCAUAUAUUUUUACACCAAGGGUCUGCAAUAUGUGACCGAUACCCCAGUGCUCUAUUGCAAUCGUGCCCUGGCCAAGAUCAAAAAAAGGGAAUUCAAGGCUGCCCUCCUCGAUCUGGAUACGGUGGUCUUUAAGCUGGAUCCUCGCCAUAUGAGGGGCUGGCUCUACAGGGCUGGCGCCCUGGCGCGCCUCAACAACGAACUCGAGUCCCAGGUGGCCAUCCGCAAUGCGUUUAUCUUCAACAGGGAUCCCAAGGAUCAGCGCUACAUUCAAAUGUUUGUGGAAAAAAUGCGCUCCGAGUUUUAG